AUGCGGAUAGCCAGUAAUAGAUCUUAUACGUGCGAAACACGGCAAAAUAUUUCAAACGCGCAAAUAAUGAAUUAUCGAACAUGUCUGACGUCACAAGGAAACUGGAACUUUUGGUCUGUUGAGAGUUUACGACAUACAGCGCAUAAACAUCUCUUCAAUUCAUCAUCACUCAUCAUUGAAGUAGGAGGAAAUCGUGGUCAUGACACAGUUGAAUUUAUUAAACUUCACAAUCCAUGGAUCAUGAGUUAUGAACCAUUGCCAUUUAUGGCAAAAAACCUUUCGAACAUGUUCAAAUCCAAUCCUAAAGUACAAAUCUUUCCUUAUGGACUUGGUAACCAUGCCAGAAAUGUUUCAAUUGAACCAAAUGAUUAUGGUAAUGCUGGUACAAGUCUAUAUCGACCACUAUCUUCAAAGAAUUCAUCGAAUAUUGUACAAGUUGAAAUCCUUGAGAUAGUCGAAGUGAUUGAGAAUAUCCGAAGAACGAAAAGCAAAAAUGGAAUGAUUGAUAUGAUUAGUAUUAACUGUGAAGGAUGUGAAUUCGAAAUUAUACCUGCGCUGAUUAUCAAUAAUCUAACACAGUUUUUUCGAGUGAUUCAAUUUGGUUCACAUAUAGGAUUAGUACCGUCUGGAUUAUGUAUUUAUUGUCAAAUCGAAGAGGGACUGGAAAGAACACAUACGACUUUGUUUCAUUAUAAUAAGGUUUGGGAAGGAUGGGUGUUGAAAAAUAAAACAACAGUCUAA